AUGUUUUACUCAGGGUGGCAGUUUCCCACACCGCAGCGUUUGGAAGGUCGUGGUAGCGAUGCGCAAAGUGGCUAUCUCCUGCAGAACUCACAAAACUCAAGCAUAUCUUUCGUGCAUUUUCUCCCAUCUGGCGACAGACGCCAGUUGGUCCGACAGCGUGAAACCGGCUCCCGAAUUCAUCUCAAGAGUGACGUCUCCAUCCACCCGAACAGCGGCGUGUUUUACUUCGAGGUUGAGGUCCAAUUUUCCGGCGCCGCUGGAGGAGGAGGAGGUGGUGGUGGUGGUGGGGCGUCGGAACCGGCGUUGGUAAUCGGCGUGUGCCGCCGGUCCCUCCCAUCGAAUGGGCUCCCGGGAGAAGAGGCCAAUAGUGUCGGACUCUUCACUUCACAGCGCAUGGUGUAUGCCAAUGGGAAACGGGAGGGAGAAGUCGUACGGUUCCCUACAGGUACACGCGCACGAAGCAUCGCAGGAAAUAAUGUCGACAGUAUCAACGGUGAUGCCGCGGCAAGUGGGGAAAAUGGAACUGCUGAAGGUGAGGAACAAGAAGGGCGGCGUUUUAGGGGACUUCGAGUAGGCGACACGGUGGGAUGCAUUGUCAAUUUGUUGGAUGGAACAGUGCGCUUCACAUUCAAUGGGGAAAUCCUUGACUUUACGGCUGUUUUGAGCCGUCGCACACCAAAACAUGGGUACUACGCCGCAGUCGGGGUCUUUCGGCGCGUUCCUCCCGUUGCGGUGCGAGUUAUUUUUCCGUCGGUAGCACGGCAAACGCCCAUUCCUCAGCCAAUUUCCGCAACCGGUGCUGAAAAGAGAGAGGAUGAUGAGCAGCGGAAGGCGGAGCCCGCGGUGGGUUCUGUGCUUAAUGAGGCUGCAUCACGCGGAGGUUAUUUUAAUUUUGACAUCGACGGGUACUGUGAGGACGUUACGAAGAAAUUGGUGUUGGCGCACCUCCUAGGGAAAGCGAAGGGGCCCGUGGUUGAGCUGAAAGAAAAUGAAUGCACGUGUCGUGACACGAGCAUCGUAGCGGCCAUAUGCAAGCAUUUAGCAGCGCGUGGCAUGACAAGUGCCCUUUCUGCCUUCGAAAAGGAGCAACAGGAACUUACCUGUGCCAAAUGUGGCUGCGGAGCUGAACCCCCUGAAAAAGCAGAUGCGGCCAUUCCAAAACAUGUUGAUCCGACAAGUGAAAUGCUGGGGGCCGGAACCUACAACCGCAGUAACGGGGACAGUUUAACCAGCGGAACUUGCACAGAAAGUGAAUCACGCACCGUCACCUACAGUGCACACAUCAGGCGACUUCGUGAAGAUGUGGGCAAUGGUAGAAUGUCCGCUGCUGUGGAGCGCACGCUUAGCUUUGGGCUUGUUUCCCCGGGGGUGCUCGAAAAGGUGAGGAGUUGCGUUGAAAAUGUUGACGCACUUCUCCCUGACUUCUGGGGUCUUCUUUUUUUCGCCCAGCGCUGUGAUAUCCUCUUUCUCCUUCGUGUUACUCAUUUGGUGGAACUUUCGUUUGACACUAUGCAAAGAAGACUCGAAAUUCUGCUCCGCAAUGUUAGUGGUGAAGGGAGCAUCGGUAGGAAUGCAACUGAGGACGCCCAUGAAGCAGAAACUACUACCGCAUGCCCAUUCACAACCGCCGCUGAGCUAAUGGAGUUCGCACACCGCUUCCUUCUUGAGCCUAUGAGAAGCGUUGCUUCCACUAUUCGACAGCACCGCAACAGCACAACAAAGGGACCAUGGACCAGUGAAGUUCUUGCCUUCGGUUCUUUUGAAAGCAGCGCCGACGAGGGUACUGAUUCGUUCGAAGAGCUCGCAGCGCAUCUAUUCGUGAGCGGCCGGGACAGCUCUUGGUCAGGACCUGAGGCUCCUGCAACACUUCUGGUGCGGCACAGUGUACCCAACGUACCGGCUCCAAAAUCCCAACAGCAGCGGCGCAUCGUGCAGACACUUGCAACGCUCAUCUCCCACCAACGUGCAGUUUGCGCGCGGGCAGAGCGAUACCACAAGCCGGGCAUGUCAUACAAGUGGGCGGAGGAGUGGCUGGUUCUCGUGGAGGACACUCGGCGGGAGUGCCGCACCCGUUGUACAUCACUCCUCCUUCAUGCGAUUGAGGAUUUCAACGGUGCGUUAGAGCAUCGUCUGGUGGUGUGGACGCAGCGGCAACAGCAACGCACGAGGGGGGUGGCAUUUGGUGGUAGCUUAGAGCAACAUGGUGCCCCGGUUGUGCCUUCAAAAAGUGGUGGCAAGGAGGGAGAAAACGCGGCGGUGGAGACUAGGGAAGUUCUAUUCCCUUCACUGCGCUCGGCGUGGCGGCACGUGCAUGCAGCUGCUGCGUUGGAACCACUUCUUCAGGUUGUAACAAAAGCCUUUAGUGAUCAGCUUAAUCGGGUAGUUGUUAAUGCGCGACUGAUGGCAGAGUCCAUUUCAACGAAGGAACCGCCUUCCACUUUCUGCAAGGGCCCCAAGCGCGGCAUUCUUCACUCACCCGAGUUGAGCGUAAGCGGUGCAGACAAGAAGGUUGCUGAAAGCAACGGAAGUAGUGCUUCCUCAUGUGAGCCAUCCGUGGGUUCCCGCACAGCACCGGUAGAAAGCGAGAGGGAAUGUGUCAGUAACAACAGCGUAUGCCAAAAGAGAAUGGCAUGUUAUACGGAUGACUUACGUAUGAGUUUCCUGUAUAUGAAGAGCGUUUAUAGGGCGGUUUUUGCCUAG